GCUUGCUCCGCGACGAGUAGCUGGGAGCAGUCGCUGGGACUCUUGGUGGCCAUGCGCUGCCUUCGAGUGAAACUGGACCUCCAGGCUGUCCGUGACCUGCAAGCAUCCGUGGAAGUGCUGCACGUGCCUGCGCGGAGAAAGUUGGAGCGAAAGGCUCUACAGAGGCAGCACAUUGAUUCAUCCUACAACGCCAUGCUCGCCGCUGCGGCGGGUGCCUCGCAGGGCAGAGGCGACGGGGACCUGGAGGGCAUUGAUCUUGCAGGUCCUGAGCAGCGCCUUUUAGUUGAGAUGCGGACCUGGAAGAUGGCAGCGG